CUAGUCAGCUCCUCGCGCUUGCAAGCUCCAGACGCACGCACAUGUCGCGGAUCGAGCGCUACAUGGGGCGGCUGUGUCCAUCAGCCGCCGGCGCCAGGAUCCCAGGACUUAUUCUCGGGAGAUGCUGCCGUUGCUGCUGAUAAGCUGCUGGACUGCGGUGUUGUUUGUUGGUGCUGAGUGCAGUGCUUGUUGUUGUUGUGCUAGUGCUCGUACUGGUGCUUGCAGGAGAGGCGGUGUGAGCUUCCGCUGCUGAGCCGAGGAUACCAGAGAGGAUGAGACGCUGAGACUGACGCAGAGCCUGUGCUGCACAGCGGGAGAUGAAUCGCGACGCAGCCGUCUAUAACAAAAGGGGAUAUACUAUCUCGAUAUAGCGCGAGAACUAGGUAUACAAUGAUGAAUCGCGAGAAUGAGGAACAAAAGCCGCUACCACAGAGCCUCUGCGGUGCUCUCCAGAAGGAAGCCAAUUGCAAAUGCCUGGUGCUCUCGGUGCUGAUCUACGGAUGCCUUGCCGCCGUCACCUGGUGCAGAUGCGCCAACGUAACCAAGAUAGUCAUUAAUUUUUCAACCUUCCCAAUCAGAAGCACAAAGUAUGUCUCGCCCUGUGACGACGGCUACAUUUACAUCCCCGUGGCCUUCAUGGGGAUGCUCUACCUGGUCUACCUCGUCGAGUGCUACCACUCGCCGAUCCGGAUCGACCUGCUUCACGCGGAGGGCCAAAGCGGCGUCUUGGCCAAGCUGACGCAGUUGCGCUUGGCCCAGCCGACCAUAUGGUGGAAGGCCAUCUCUUACCACUACGUGCGCAGAAAGCGCCAGAUCAUGCGCUACCGCAACGGCGACAAUUUCACCACCACACAGGUGUACUACGAGAGGGUCAACUCUCACGCCGCGACGUCCUUCUACUUCUACGACUACUGCGGCUCGAAGGACAUCAGCAAGGAGCUCGUGCUGGACCCGAAGAUACCGAUAACCAAGAUCACCCUGUCCAAGGGCUUCGCCUUCUCCAACGUCAGGUCGGCCACGGAGUUCGAGGAGGCCAGGUCGCGGUUCUUCGCCGAGCAGGAGUUCCGAGACGACUACAUGGAGAUGAGGGAAGGCCUGGAUCUGGGCUGCAACUUCAGUCCGAUCACCCUGGUCGCCGUGCUCGGGAACCCCUGGUUCACGCGCUCCUACGUUUACUGGUGCCUUAGCGCGCUCCUGCUCAGCUGGCCGCUCAGAAUCAUCAUCGAGUGCAACACGCAGUACGUCGACUACCAGGUGACCAAGCUCUUCGGCGUCAACUACGACACGCCGACCAACAUCCAGAUCCACACGUCGGCGAGUCAGCUGAGCGCGCCUGGCUCCUACAUGCUGGCACCGAGCUACAGCGAGGCCCUCCUCAUGGAGCCGGCUGCCCUGCCGACGAACAGAGCCGUGCCCACGACGACCGAGUCGGCGACGGCCUCGGACAUGGUCCCGAGCUACUCGGAGGCGCUGCUUUACGAUCGAGCUACCGCCGAGCACCAGCCGGACUUCGAGGAGCGGCAGAAGCUACGAGCACCCCUGUACCAGCAGCUGCAGCAGAGGACGGCCACUGGCAUCGUGGUCUGCGAGUGUCCCUGCCACGGUCUGGUGGACCACGCGAGCCACGCCUACGACGGACACGAGUACGUCUCGCAGGAGAGCUUGCAGCUGGAGGAGAGUCCGGCGACGGCCGGGGAAGAGGACGUGGACAGUGCUGACAGCGGUGGGAUUUCCAGGGCCGAGAGCUCGCAGCGACUGAGACGAGCGAGCACCGAUCACGAGUCCCCCGUGACGAGCUGCGCGAGCGGUAGUUUGCGGGCCGACGCUCGUAUCUGCCAAAGUUGCCUGAACGACGCGUCGACGGGCCGAAGAUCGACGACGAGCGAGCACGAAGCCGUGACCGUGGCCACGGUCGAGCCGAGGCUACAGCAAAGGCGCAGGUGCAUCGUCAGGGACUACUCGGAGCCGGACCUGCGCAGGAGCACCGAGAUCCUCGGCGAGGCCGCCAUGAGCUUUCUACGAGCCAACGGACGCAGCUUGGAGAACAUCAUGGAGAACGACGAGAGCGAAAACCCCCUGAACCUCCGCGCGAUAGCCGAGCGAGCCGAAGCCCUGGUCCUGGAGGAAUCGAACUCGUCAUCCUCGUCUCAGCCACCGCGCAACACAGGCGCGAUUCCCAAGCGCAUGGCAGUCGACAAGCCCAGCACCAGCACCACGACGACCAUCACUACGAGCAGCAGCAGCAGCAGUCGAGUGACCGUGAACCCGAUUGCGGAGGCGGUUAAGCGACUGCCGAGUUCGCGCAGCACCUACUUCUGCCUCAAGUCCAUUCUGAAGCAGAACAGACGCAGGUUCACCCUCGUCACGCCGGAGGAACUGCAGAGCCUCACUCGGGCCGGUGAACAGGCUGGACAGAUCGGACUGUGCGGAGGGGACGACGAGGAGGACGGGGAGGAAUGUAAUUGCGACGGAUGCAGACCCGAGCUCGAGAGGCCUGACAGCCUGAGAAUCGACAGGCAGCGGCCGCUCAGCUGUCAGUCUCUGACUUAUAGGAGAGAGAAUUCUAGAACUUUAAUCUACGCGAGUCCAAUCCAGUCGGUAUGUCCCUCGGACCCGUUCGGCGGCCGCAACGUCGUUCCCAGCGAGAACCCGCCCGACUACGAGGAGGCCCUCAAUCUUCCGGUCCUGUCGCGGCUGCGGCGUUCCCUUACGGAACGGGACACAACCGCUGCAGCCGCCGCACUGGAAUCAGCGUCGUCUAACGCGGGUUCCUCUGCGGCUGCCUCCAAACGAGCCAGUCACGCAUGGAAGCAUCGGAGAACGCUCAGCACCGAUUCACACCAACUUGCCACGCUGAGUUCCAGUGAUAGCACGCGCACGGCUUUGCUGUCAAGCUCCCAGUCAGGCCGAAGCGAAACUGCGAUAUCUUUGCCGUCCUACGACGGGCUGACGGUGCCGCCGGAUUCGCACAGCAGCAGCAACGCCGGCAACAACAGCCAGUACAUGUCGAACCUCGUCGACGAUCCGUACUUCCGACUGGACGAACUGGCGCUUGCCUCCGGCUCGUCAAGCUCCUCGACGGUCGACUGCGCUGCAGCUGUUGCCGCACAGCCUGCGAAUGGGAGCAAGGCGAUAUCCCGACUGACGAGGUCGCUGACGGAGAGGCGAAGCUCACCAGCGGAUUCGCGAAGACACGACCGCACGCUCAGGAAGAGCUUUAACGAGCGGGUCGACUCAGGCUGCAGGAUUAGCGCCGGUGGCUCCGGAAGCAAACGCACCAGCAUCAACAUCGAGACUUCGCUGUAGACCGAGGUGCUUAGGAAUUCUGCGAGGUAUUCGACGAAAGGGCUACUGAGAUCACUUCGAUCUUCCUACAUUCUUCGACGCGAAUCGCUUUGUAGGCGAAUUUUGAGGACGUGAUUUUUUUUAAUCGUAGGCGGCUCAAACUUUAGACGAUUUGUCGUCGAAUUCAUCGAACGAAAAUUACGGAUAAAAUUACAGCUUAGUUUCUGGAAUUUCGUUGACUCGUGUCGGCAAUCCACUCGUUUUGGCAACGUAAAUCUGCCUUAAAUAAAAAGUCCAAGUCGUUUUUGGGAGCCUCCACCUCGUCGGAAAUUCGCUUCGGAUACCCAUAGAGUCGCCCCCACCGCGAAACGUCCAAUCAAAUUUUUGUUAUUUUUCGAACGAAAAGCGUAUAACGACAGAUUUAUCGACGAGGGGAGGGGGGGACGCUCGCGUUACGAGAGAAAAAAUAACAAACAAACUGUCCACACAUCGAGCGUUUAUAUAAUGAUAAAAGUCGUUUGACCGACGACAGUGUGAUAAAUGUUUUUUACCGGAGUGUUCAUUGUGUUCUUUGAUUCGUUCGAAAACACUUGACUCUGUUGUAGUCGAGGUAUUGUUUUGGAUGACAAUUGAUCGCGACUUCUAUGUAUAUGAUAUUACGGUAUACAUGUAUAGAUAUAAUACAUACGUGAAUGAGUAAUUUUCGUAAAUAUUAAAUGUGUAUUCUGUCGGUACUUUGGCGAUGAAAGGGGCGGUACAAUGCGAUAUUUUGUACUCUGGGAUUAAGGUGCAAAGGUAUGAAUGUCGUUCGAAAGCUCGAUGACUACUAUACGAAAAUUGUUGAUCGAUAGUACACGUUCCCGUUUGAAUUUCUUAGAAAAUAUAGUUGAUUAUUCCGACAAAAAAAGUAAGCUUGGCCAAAGCUAAUUAGUAAAACGAGCUAAUUUGUGUACACCGGAGUAUUCAAAAAGGUGCAUUCAUUUUCUAACGGAGACGAACACUCGCUUAUAGUUUUUUGUAAGAUCGAGAAUUUUUCGAUAAUGCACAAACGACGCGGUUAAAAGCCACUCAUUCACGCGGAAAUUCUUUUUGUACAAUAUUUUUUAAACGGCGAAAUUUUUUUUACAAUAAUCAAAGGACGCCAGCAAAAGUGAAAAACACUUGGCAUUUCCGUAGGACGACCAAAGUUUUCCAGCCUCGACGAGCGCGGGCGAAACAGCGACAUUCUUCGCGGCCAGAAUCGCGUAACAUUCGUUACUUCCAUAAAAACGUUAUAAAUAUAUAUUACAGCAUCAAUUCAAACGAAUCGUACGAGUUAGUGCUAGUGUUAUAAAAAUCGAUAAUUGUGACACUGUAUAAAAAAUCUACAGUUUCAGAUCAUCUCGAUGUCUUCGAAUUAAUCCUAUAAAAGAUUCGUCGUUUAAACUUACGGAUAUAGAUAUACCGCAUAGCUAUACGAACCUAAAAAAUAAAUAAAUCGCACACUGUACAUGUACCACACGUUAACAAAGAGCUCGAAACGCGCUGAUGCUUUUAGAAAAAAAAAAUAAUAAUACGGCUGUGAAAAUUGCGCGAAGGGAAAAUAUAAUGGAACACGAUUCUUCCAUAAAUUUAAUGUUUCUGCUUCGUAGUUUAUGCAUGAGAUCCCGUUUUAGCGCCACGAGAAAAAUACGUCGAUGCUCGCGCGCAUGUUUACCGACCGAGCACAAUAUGACGCAAAAUAGAUUUUUAUUGGGUAAGUUAUUUCUGAUCUUAUCGCUCGGUUUGACGAGGCGCGAAAUUAGAUGAAGUAUAUAUAUUUACUAUCGUUUUUGUCGAAAUUGUGCUAAAAAGUUGAAAGCGCCAAAAUUAUAUAGAUUUAAAAAUUGUUAUAUCUUGCUCAGUAGGUGUGAUAUGAUAUUUUGAUGUUGAUUUUAGUACGUAACUUUUAUUCCUCGUAAGGCUACGUUUCCAUCGGUUCUCCGCGAAUGCGAUGACAAUGAAUAGUUAACUGAAUAUACGGAGAUUUUCCACGAAACCGAAAUAGUUCGAUCGAAGGCAUGUGUUUAGUGAAAGAGAAAAACAAAGAAUUAUUUUUGCGCCAUUUAAAAACUUUCGACCAAUUCGACUCCUUCGUUCACCUUGGAUAAUCCAUAGAAAAACUUAUUUUUUUAAAGCAUAUUAUAUAAGUUAGCGUAUUCUUGCGAAAGGUUUGUUUUUUCGUACGAUAUACGUUAUAUAGCGAGAUCACAGUGACAAUGGAACUUUUAAAAAGUAAAAAAAAAAAUCGACGAAAAUUUCGAAAAAAAAAAUGAAAGAAAACUCA